GUACGAAUAACCACGAUUCUAAACUGAUAACUUACAAGAUACUUCCCUCUUUGAUAUGAUGAUAGCCAGUGAUACACAUCGAGUCAGCACAUCAAUCUUUCUGAGCAGUGAUGCACCGAUCACAGUGUGACUCAUCAACCCCAUACGAGAGACCUAAAGUGUCGUACGUGACAGGUGGCAGUUGUGAACGAGCAACCGUCGAGUGAGGCCGGAGCCACGAGACGCUGAUCCCCCGGCGGGUUAUGGAGGUAUGCUUGUGUUAGGAAGCUGUGCAAGUGUCGUGCGGGAACUUUAAUAACCCGAACACGCUCCACGCCGACGAAGAUGUUGGGUGGACGGUGAAAGUGAAUCGAGUGUGCCGCGCGAGAAGUUGGCAGAGGCGUUGGUGGCGAGCAACAAGUGUCGCGGCAGCAGAGGAACACGCUGUGCCACUCCGGUGACGGCAUGACGCUUCCGCCCUCCCUCCCCGCCCUCUUCCGAGCUCUGCUCCGCCUCCUUCUGAUCCAAGGAGUGGCCUUGGGUAUCAAGAUAACCAACCUGGAGGUGCCGACGCCCCUAGCGGUGGGUGAGGGCGGCUGGCUGCUGUGCGAGUGGGAGGAUGAAGGAGACCACGUGUACGCCCUCAAGUGGUACGUGGGAGGCGAGGAAUUCUACCGCUGGACGCCCCUGGAAACACCCGCCGUGAAGACCUUCAUGUCGUCGCACUUCGUGGUGGACAGCAGGGAGUCUCAGCGGGGGCGGGUUAGGAUACGCAACGUGACCGUGAGUGCCGGAGGGAAGUAUCGCUGUGAGAUUUCCGGUGAGGCGCCCAAAUUCAAGACAUCCUUCGCCACUGCUGACAUGAUGGUCGUUGAUCUGCCUGACAGCCAGCCCAGACUGGUGGGCGGCGACGCGGGGCCAUACCAGCUGCAUCAAGUCGUUACCAUCAAUUGUUCCUCACACGAUGCCCUGCCUGCGCCCACCCUCACCUUCUACAUCAACGACCAGCCGGUUGAUCCAGAGUGGGAGGACAACGACCAGGUGAUAUUGAACGAAACCUCUGGUCUCGAAACAAGCCACAAGAGUUUACACUUCAAGCUGCGGCCCAGCAUGGUGGCCGACGGCUUGCUGCAAGUCAAGUGCGUGGCAUCCUACCCCGACUUGUACUGGGACAGCAGCGACAUUACCUUCAAGGUGCUCUCGGGACAUGGGUCGGGCUUCCCGCUCGGGUCGCAAGAGUUCGUGUUGCAGGGUGACGCAGGACGGCCACAAGCUUCUAUACCUCUCCUCCUCCUCCUCCUCACUCCCGUUUUCUUCCGGUAGCCAAUCCACUGCUGGCUACCUAAUUUUUCGUUUUCCAUGGCUCACUCCCCCCCCCACACCAUCUCUCUCUCUCUCUCUGUAGGUAGCACCUUAUUAGCGGUUUCCGAUUCUCAUAGUUUAAUAUGUGGUGAGAUGGGUGAAUAAUGUUAUUUCUAAUUUGAGAGGAAUUAUGGCAAUAAUAUAUAUAUAUAUAUAUAUAUAUAUAUAUAUAUAUAUAUAUAUAUAUA